AUGCAGAAGUUGCAAUUUUGGUUCUUUAUGGCAACAUUUCUCAUGAACUCCAUGGCCUCGGUGAAAUUGCAUUGUUCAUAUGAGCUCUACAAAGGUUAUUUCACGGUUCCAGUUGGCACUUGCAGAGCCCAAAAAUUUCGUACAACUUUCGAGGAUAGAAAUGUCAGUUUAGUGAACAAUUUAUAUGAAUCAUUUGAUAUUGUUCAGUUCUAUGGUGAAAAGCAGUCGUGUCCAUAUUUUCCAGUGAAUUUGGGAUCACAUUUUCCAAAUUCAAUCGUAGAAUGGCCGGAGAAACAAAAAAAAUAUUUUCAUUAUUUGUGGGACAGUUGUGAACAUCAGACGGAAUAA